AUGCCCACGGCGCCUGGGCUCACCGCGCCAUCAUCCACAUUGUUACGAUUCCUACGAGCUCAGCUAUCCACCCAGUGCCCCUACGCGUCUCCUUCGUCUCUGAGAAGAUGCCGCCCUCAACCUUUCAGCAGGCAGUGUGUCCGCAACCUCACCACCGCCAGACGGACCGAUAGCGCACGCCCCCUCUCCACCUCGUCAUCUCUUCAAGAGCCUUUCUGGCGCCGCCUCCGCCCUCAGAAGCAGACUAAGAGUCCGCGACAUCACUCCUCCGAUCUUCCCCCUCUGUCCGGCUUCCUCGACGACUCCAACUCCGGGCUGGGCGGUAGAAUCAUCAAACCCAGCAACGAGCUCAAAUUGCGCUGCACCGAGUUCGACGAACACGGCAACGUCACCCUCGUCAACGGCGAAUUUAGAAAAUCCGAGCUCAUUGCCAAAUACUCCCUCCUGCCUCGCGACUUGCGCAAGAUCGACUCCUCCGUCCUCCCUCACAUCCUCGUCCGCGAGUCCGCAAUCCUGAUAAACCUCCUGCACCUACGAUGCCUGAUAAAACACAACCGCGUCCUCGUCUUCGACGUCUACGGCUCCACCGACUCCUAUGCGCAAAGCCUCUUCAUGUACGACCUGGAAGGCAAACUGCGCCAGAAACAAACCUCCGCCACCAUCGCCGCCAACAACCUCCCCUACGAGUUCCGCGCGCUCGAAGCCGUCCUCAUCAGCGUUACCAGCGGGUUGGAGUCCGAGUUCGAAGGGGUGCGCGAGCCCGUCGUGCGAGUAUUACGCGAGCUGGAAGAAGACAUCGACCGCGACAAGCUCCGCCACCUCCUCAUCUAUAGCAAGAAGCUCGGCACCUUUGAGCAAAAAGCCCGCCUCGUGCGCGACGCGAUCGAGGACCUGCUCGAAGCCGACGACGACCUGGCGAGCAUGUACCUUACCGACAAGGCUGGCGGCAAAGUUAGGGACGAGCAGAACCACGACGAGAUCGAGCUCCUCCUCGAAUCCUACCACAAAGUCGCCGACGAAAUCGUGCAGGUGAGCAGCAAUCUGGUGUCUGCGAUCCGCAACACGGAGGAGAUAGUGCGCGCCAUCCUGGACGCGAAUCGCAACUCCCUCAUGCUGUUGGAUCUGAAGUUCAGCAUCGGCACGCUGGGCAUAAGCGCUGAAGAAGACACGUUCGGGUUCGCCGGGGUGAGUGGGCUGUGCUGUGGUGUGACGGUGUGGUGCUGUAUCAUCGCGUUCCGCCGGUUGCGGAAGGUGCAGCGGUUGAGUAUGUGGGGUGAGGGACGACACCAGGGGCGUUCAGGACGGCAGCCGGCGCAGUUGGCACACGCGCCGCAGCACGGACAUGGUGGUUUGGAUGGCGGCAGGGUGUGGGGUGAAGUCGAGGGACAGCCGCUGCAUUGGGAACGACACGAACAUCUGAGGCACGAGCACUCUCCGGCCGGCCAGCAUCUGUACGGCGAAGCGAAGGCGCUGGGCGAGACCGUCAAGCGGGCAAAACAGGAGCAGAAGCUCAAAGACUGGAAAGAGCGACAGGGCAAAGUCGUCGACGGCGAACUCCCAGCCCUCCCCGGCCCCGUGGUGCCCGCAGGGCAAUAG